CUCCACUCCAGACUUUAACAUUCUAAAAGACUUGUAUAGAUACAGAUGGAUUAAGGAUAUCAGGGACAUUCGAUGCUUCCCACCUCACUCGUCUCAUCCAAAGACCCCAAACCACGAAAUAAGCUGCUUAAAUACAAAAGCUACUUCAGGUCCAAAACCAGGGAGAAGAAUUCUUCAGUUAAACGAAAGAGAGCUAAGAAAAAGAAUCUUCAGAGAUUUACAUGAGAUAAGGACUUUAUCACUGGAAAACAGUUAGCUCUCUCUCCUUGCAUCCAAAAAUCUGAAAUUAGCAAUCAAUUUUAACAAUAUCGCUGAUUCCUUAGAGAAAUUAAAACCGAUUCUUCAUAAACAAAGGCGUAUCAAAACGAAGUACACCCAGGAUGAUGAAAAGUGCAUCCGUAACAAGUUCAAGCUUAAAAAGAGAGUUGUCAACUUCUCUCAACAAAAGAAGCCUAAAUGCAUCAAAGUAGUCAACAAAGGUAUCCCAAAUUAUGAAGAACUUGCUAAUAAAGCCAGGAAAUUCGGGUUCAUGAGUGGUACCCCGAGGAACCUCAAAAUGAGCCUGCUCGGUUCCUCUCCCAAAGAUUGGAAACAAAUCGCUGGAUUCACUAAUAUGAGGCUCUCUAUUGACAAGAGUGGGAGACUUGUCAACCUAAACCACCUCAGGACUCCUGAAUUAAGGUAUAAAGCAUCGAAGUGUAGCCAUAAUCAUAGAGUCCUGUCAAACUCAAGGAGAUCAAACUUCAACCACACAGGACCAGGCUUUAAUGAACACUCAAGAAAGACGCAGUAGGAGCUCAUGUUUUCCAAAUAAAUAUUGCCUAAAAAACCUUCCUACCCUUCAAAUGAUCUAUCUAACUCUAUAUAAUCAUUGAACAUUAGCUGAAAGCAGGUACAUAUUCCUAGGUUUUCAUGACAAAUUUAAGCUAUUUUAUAUCGAAAAUUCUCCUCCCGAGUUUUUGACAAAGUUCAGAGACUUUAUCGAGUUAAAAAGAUCAUUUAGAGAACAAGCAGACUUCCAUAUUUUAUACUGGGUUUUAGUGCUAUUCUAUAUAU